AUGGCAAUUAUUAAUAAGCUUGUGGAACAAUACAGCACACUGAAAUAUUUUGAUUCUCUGAUUAUCAACAGUUACAGGAGUGGCAGCUUGAUUGUAAAUUAUACGGUGCAGUUAAUGAGUUCAGUUACGCUUGAUGAGUUGGAGAAUGUAACUAAACAACUGCAUGAUUCUGUUCUGGUAACAACAGGCCUCGUCUCUAUUAACGGUCCUCAAAAGGCAAUUGAUAUCGGCUCCUCGACAUUUGUAAAUUGUACUCCACCAGAAAAGCUGGGAGUGGUAAAGUGGUUCUUAACAGACGGGCAGAAUAAAACGACAGAGAUCACAUCAGGAAAAGAGGCCAUCUUGAAGAACGUCAAUUUGAUGGACACUGUUGAACUGAAUGGCAUUUCAGGAAGCUGGAAAGGAACACUUAAAUGUGUGUACACAAGAAGGUCCAUAAAUCACAUAGCAAGUACAGAGUUGGACAUAGCACUUCUGCCAGAAAUACAGGCUAUGAGCAAGCCCCAAUUUCCUGAUUGUAGAGAUCCAAAUGCAAAAUGGGUGGUUGAAAUUGAGUGUAAAAUUUUAGACGACAAAGAAAAUUACAAUGUUACAUGGAAUACUGCUCUUGCUUACACAAAUAGAGGAUCAGGUAAGCAUAUCUCAUUUACCAUUUUUGCAGACAUAUUUUGUGGAGUGAAAGCAGAGACAGAGAAUGUCACGUGUAUAUUCACAAACGGCAGAGCCGAAAAGAACACAAACAGAUCUCAGAAUGUGCAGAUUCCCAUCAUUAAUUCCCAUUCGAAAUUCUGUAAAGAAGAAGGUGACUGGCCCAUCACAAAAAGCAAUUAUAUGGCCCAAAUGCCUUGUAAGGGCACUGCUGUUGGUUUGACCAGUAGAAAUUGCUCUAACGAAAGUUGGGAAAAGGAAAUCCCUUCUUGUGUGGAUGCUGCACUACAUGACGUUCAACAGGCUGUAGAGAUGUUAAAUAAAGGCAUUGGCUUUAUUAAGAACAAUGCAGACAUACUUUUCCGACAAAUACAGCAUUCAACCACUGUGGAGACAUUCAACUCAUUUGCAAAUAUUAAUACAGCUAUAGUCAUUUUCCAAGCCAUGAACGAUGUAUCUAAACAGCAGUCAAAUCAAUGGGAUGAUACUAUCAUGCCUGACUUUGUCAGCUCUAUAAGCAACGCUUUGAAUGACACAAAAGCCUGGAAAGAUCCUAAAACUGAAAACACAAAUUUAUCUAUAACAUAUCUACAGACUAUUGAGGAAAUGAUAAGCAACUCAAAUCUGACCUCAAAUGAUCGUCACAAUUCUAACAAUGUUAAACUGGCGCUCUGUAGUAAGACUAAAGGGGAACACUGCGGCGCCUUUAAUAGCAGCGUCAUCGCAGACAAUAGUGUUGUUGUCGUUGGAUUCCGGAACCUUCAUGAAAUUUUACCACAGUAUGACAAAAUAAGCUUAGAGACCACCAUCUUGUCAGUUACCACUGCAAACAAUAUCAGUAAGAAUAAUUCCAUCUCUGUUAAGCUGGCGUUCGAUUACGCUGAAAAAAGACUUCGGAAUCAUGAAAUGUAUUGUGUUUUCUGGGAUGUAAAUCAGAAUGCGUGGUCUUCACAGGGGUGUAAAUGGGGUGGUGCGCAACAACAAACGUUGUGCACAUGUGAACACAACUCUGCGUUCACCAUACUGAUGUCCAAAAAUGCAGAGACCCUUCUGUACAUGGAGGAACUGACUUACGUUGGUUUAGGAAUAUCCAUCGUCUCACUUGUUCUGUGUUUAAUCAUUGAGUUUUUGGUAUGGGAUGCAGUUGUAAAGUCAGACAUCACAAAUUUUCGGCACACGGCCUUAGUCAACAUCUCUUUAUGCAUGCUGUUUGCACACUGUGGAUUCUUAGCAUCAGCCGAUCCGAAGGCAAUCACCCCAAACUGGUGCUCCAUCCUCACAGUAACCAAUCACUUUUUUUUCCUCGCCGUCUUCUUCUGGAUGCUGUGCUUGAGUUUCGUGCUUCUUCACCAACUGAUAUUUGUCUUUGACCAGCUGAGGAAAAUUGUUUUUUUGGUAUUGUCUAUCACUGUUGGCUACGUAUGCCCAUUAAUAUGUGUGGCAACAACCUACAUUUCUUUCGAGAACGGUAAAGAUAAUGUAUACUAUUCCACAGAGACUUGCUGGCUCUUGUAUCGGGGGAUGUUGAAGGGCUCCAUCUUUUCCUUUGUAAUUCCUGCCUUAACUAUUGUGAUUGUAAACCUUUUCACGCUGGUUGUGGUGAUCAUGAAGAUAGUAAAUCCUACUGUGUCGGAGUCAAAGGCACGGGACCAAAAGGAUGUUGCCAAGAGUAUGAUUAAGACAAUAGUUUUCCUAAGCCCUGUCCUCGGAAUAACUUGGUUCCUCGGAAUUUUCGUGCUGUAUCUUGAUCUUACAGAAAAACCUUUUGCCCAAAUUGUGAGCUACGCAUUUACAUUGUUCAAUUCACUGCAGGGCUUUUUGAUACUGCUGACAAACUGCUUGGGAGAGAAAAAGGUUCGUGAUGCACUUCUGAAGCGUUUCAAAUCCAAGCAAUCAGUGCAGUCUAAAACUGAAAGAUCAACGAAAGCGACUUCUUCAGUUAUGACGAAAUAAAGAUUGGACAGAUUAAAGCAUGUGAAUGAUUUAGUCGAUGCCUUCUAAACGUACUGAAAGACACGAAACUCGUGGGAAGCUUGAAACACUUCAUGGAUUAAAUUCUCUCACAUUC